UGAUAGACCUCGAUCAAAACGUUUGGACAUUUCUGAAGGAGCUGCCUAUGCCAAUCCUCAGCCCCACAUCAAUCCUUCCUGUCCCCAUAUAUGUCUUCCACAUUAAUUCUGACUCCAACAAACACAAACACAAACACAGAGGAAAAGAAAAGGGAAAAAGGUGGUAGUCAUGUCAGCCACGGCCAUUGGAAUAGGUCUAGCCAUCUUCGCUCUAACAUUGGCAUGGGCAUGGAGGGUCCUCGACUGGGUGUGGCUGAGGCCAAAGAAGCUAGAGAGGCUUCUCCGAGAACAAGGUUUCAACGGGAAUCCGUACAGAUUCCUCUUCGGAGACCUGAAAGAGAGCACAAAGAUGCUCAAAGAGUCGAGGUCUAGACCCGUCGGACUCUCAGAUGACCCCGUGCCUCGUAUCUUCCCUUUCGUCUUUCAAUCUGUCAACACCUAUGGUAAAGAUUCUUUCACAUGGCUGGGACCAACUCCGAGACUGAACAUCAUGAAUCCAGACCAUAUCAAGGAAAUUUUAUCCAAGAUGUACGACUUUCAGAAACCGUCCUCGAAUCCCCUAGUUCGGUUGCUAGCCACUGGACUUGCAAACUACGAGGGCGAGAAAUGGGCAACUCACAGGAAAAUCAUCAACCCUGCAUUCCACCUAGAGAAACUCAAACUCAUGUUGCCUGCUUGUUAUUCAAGCUGCAACGAGAUGGUGACAAGAUGGGAGAAGUUGAUUUCGACAGAGGAAUCGGUUGAGCUCGACGCAUGGCCCGAACUGCAGAAUCUGACACGUGACGUGAUUUCUCGAACAGCAUUUGGGAGUAGCUAUGAAGAAGGGAAGCGUAUCUUCGAGCUUCAAGAGGAACAAGCUGAGCUUGCCAUCAAAUUCCUUCAGACAGUCUAUAUCCCAGGAUGGAGGUUUGUCCCGACAAAAAUGAACAAGAGGAUGAAGUACGUGACUGAAGAAGUGCACUCUUUGCUUCGGGGGAUCAUCAGCAGAAGAGAAAAAGCGAUGAGGGCAGAGGAGGCUGCUACAGGUGAUCUGUUGGGACUGUUGCUGGAGUCGAAUAUGAAGGAAUUACGUGAAAACAGAGGAAACAAUUACACAGGGAUGAGUAUUCAAGAUGUGAUCGAGGAAUGUAAGCUUUUCUAUUUUGCCGGGCAAGAAACAACCUCGGUCCUCCUCGUUUGGACAGUGAUAUUACUGAGUCUUCAUCCUCAGUGGCAAACCCAAGCAAGAGAGGAGGUACUGCAAGUAUUUGGAAGAGAUGGAAAACCGGACUUAGAUGGGCUGAAUCGCCUUAAGAUCGUUACGAUGAUCUUGUACGAGGUUAUGAGGCUAUACCCACCAGUGAUAGUGCUCGGUCGUUUCACUCGCAAGGAAGUGAAACUUGGGAAGCUGACUAUACCGGCCGGGGUAGAAUUGGCUAUGCCCACAUUACUUGUCCACUACGAUAAAGAGCUUUGGGGAGAAGAUGCAAAGGAAUUCAAGCCUGAGAGGUUCUCGGAAGGAAUCUCAAAGGCAACCAAGAAUCAAGUCUCGUAUUUCCCAUUUGGUUGGGGGCCCCGAAUCUGCAUCGGGAUGAACUUUGCAUUGAUCGAAGCGAAGAUGGCGAUGGCGAUGAUACUGCAACGGUUCUCAUUCGAGCUUUCUCCUUCUUACGCCCACGCCCCAGCAACGGUCAUUACUCUGCAUCCCCAACAUGGUGCUCAAGUCAUUUUGCGUAGGGCUUAAUCUAGCCAAAACCAUAACAUUGAUGAGCCAGUCAAUACCUGAUGCUGUCAGCAUAGUGACACACGGAUAUAUGGUUUUAUCGCAUGAUGGGAGUUGGUUUAGUAGAGCAAGAGAAGUGCCAGUAAAAAUAAAAUCCUCGUAAUGGUUAAUUAUUGUGUCCAAGUAAAUGGUCUCGGUUUCAGUUCUUUCUUGUGCUAGUAAAUUCCUCUCCCAGUUUUGCCUGA